UAUUUAAAAUACAAUUUUACAAAUUCAUAAAAUUUAUAAAAUUAAAAUAUGAAAUAAAUGAAAAUUGCGUAUGCGGCAACCAAACGAACAGAACUAAAUCUACUUUCUGCGUCUGCGGCUGCGGCAAUGUCCUGUGUCUUUGAAACGAACAACAAGUUGCAUCUGCGGCUGCGGCUGAGUCUGCGGCUGCAAAAUGAACAACAACCAAAGGAACAGACGCAGCCGCAGCCGCAGCCGCAGACUUAGGAACAUGCGUCAAUGAAACGAACAGCACUAGUAUUGCGACUCUUAUCCCAUUUUUUUUUUUUUGGGUUAGCGCUGCUACAACGGUGUUACCUUGAGGCUUGAUGCUAGUACCUAUGAUGCCAUGUUUCCUGAAGCAGUACCAAUUCAGAUCUCGGCAAGGCUUGAGCUUCCUUCUGGCUUCACUCCUCUGAGACAGACCUCUUUUACCAGGACGUGUUAUCCCGUGGGAGGUGACGAAGGUGACGGAGGUGAGGGAGGGUGGCUUGUGCUUGAUCUCCCCCUCCCUUCAAGAUUCGGCCAAGAAGAGCUUCCUUACGUGAGAAGCUUUCUUGCGUUUCCUGCUAGGUCCCAUGGGUUCUCGCGAGUCAUCUCGCUCGAGAUUGGGCUGAUCUACAAAAAAGAUUCCCAAACCCAGUCCGAUCCCAAUUACGAUGGUACAAACUUUUGGUCAUCGCUUUGGUUUUGGACACUUUCUCGUGAGUGUCAACGUCGUAGCCUUCAUUUCUCAGCAGGGACUGACAAAGCGGUGGUGGAGUAAAGCGGUGGUGGAGUAGUAGAAGAAGACAACUAAAGACCUAUACUACUCCAUAUUUUAUGUUUAUCCCCAGGCUCUCUCUCUAUCUACUAUUUAGAACUGCUACAUAAGUUUCUUGCACUUCACACUCUCUUUUUCUAUUAUUAUAUAAAAAAAUCUUCAUCAAGUGAUGAUGAUAAACAGAUGGCUUUACAUUUGAUUCCACUAGUAAAUAAAUCUAUGAUUAUUUUGUUGUGCA